AACCAUGUGUUGUAAGCUAAUCAUAAUUAAUCGAGAAAAGAUUUUUCAUUAAGCAGAGAUAUAAACAUUCUCUCAAAACCCUAAAUUCAAAUAUUUUUCUCGUAAAAUCUUUACCAUGAGUCACUACAACCAUGAUCAUCAUCAGGCUCCGCCCACUUCAUACCUUCCUCCACCGGCCGGUGCAUAUCAAGGGCAUCUGCCGCCGUCGUACCCUCCACCACCAGAAGUUCAGCAAGGAUACAGUACUAUAACUCAAGGUGGUCCGUAUGUUGUUGUUGCACCACCAGUUAAUUACCCUAUGAAAAGUGAUGGACCUCCAGCUGGAUACCCCCAAGAGACAGCUCCCUAUCAGCAGCAGCAACAGCCACCAAAAUUUCAUCACCAACAGAGAGGUGGUGGAUUUUGGGCGGGAUGUUGUUCUGCCAUGUUUUGCUGCUGCCUCUGCGACCUGUGCUGCUUGCCCUGCGCAGUAGUUUAAUCUUAAUUUCAGAAGAUUAUGAACUGUUUGUAACUAUAUUGAUUUGUAUCUGGUUCGUACGUGCACCCACCGGUCCCUCAAUAAUACUUCCUUAAUUCUGUCGAUGUUGAUUCCGCAGUACAUUCUCUUAUGUGCAAAGAUUUGCAAUAGUUAAUUAACAAGCAAAAAAUAUAUAUGCCAAUGUAGGGUAAGUUACAGUGCGAGAUUUCGUAUGUUGCAUUGCGGACUCGGCCACACAAGUCUGUUUGUUGUCUGAGUUCGUGUCUAAUUGCAAUGCAACAUUCGUGUCUAAUUGCAAUGCAACAAGUCUAAGUACCGUAAGGAUGACAAGAUUGACAAAGUCAAGUGGCGCAGAAAAUUACCAAAAUAACGCAAAAAAAACAGUAACACUAAUUCCAUUAAUUAUGUUACUUAGUAUUAUGGUCUAGUGAUUUUCUUCACUUGUAAGUGAGAGUUCUUAAAUUCGAUUCUCUUCAAAGACGAGUUUGAACCAUAUUAUUGCUAGUCCGUAGUGGCUAAGCUCACCCCCUCCCUUUUAGUGUUGAUAAUAUUGUUUGUUAAAAAAAAAUAAAAACCUUAUCGCAUAAGUUCGCGUUUUAUAGACAAUAUUAACAUAAAUAAACUGAUAUAAUCACAUGAUAGUGAAUGUUACUAGAAUGUCUCUAUAUAGGGUCGUCUUUAGACUCUUUGGGUUGGAGAAAUUUAUUUUUGCAAUCCCAGUAAUGUCACCCAACCAAUUAAUAUUUGUCAUCCAACCAAUUAAUAUUUGUUAUCCAAUUAAUAUUUGUCAUCCAACCAAUUAAAAAAAAUAAUAACUAUCCAAAAAAACCCGAGACCGUAACUAUAUCAUCAUUUUGGCUUUCUGGCUUCCGCUGCCAUUGGCAUUUUGGCCUUUUUAGGCCCAUAUUAUUUGACCCAAAAAAACCUAAGACCGUACAUAAUAUAAACCCUAAUCGCUACGACAGUGGCUCCUCCUCCACCGUGCAGCCGCCAAUUUUCUUUUGAAAAUGGUGAGUUUUCUGAAGCAGAACCAGGCGGUGCUCCUCCUCCAGGGCCGGUACGCCGGGCGGAAGGCCGUGAUCCUAAAGAACUUCGACAAGGGUACGCGCGACAGGCCGUACGGGCACUGUUUGGUUGCCGGGAUAGCCAAAUACCCGAGCAAGGUGAUCCGGAAGGACUCCGCCAAGAAGACGGCCAAGAAGUCCCGGGUCAAGGCCUUCAUCAAGCUCGUCAACCACCAGCACGUGAUGCCCACGCGCUACAACCUGGACGUCGACCUCAAGGAGGUGGCGACCGUCGACUCGCUGCAGACGCGGGACAAGAAGGUGGCGGCGGCGAAGGAAGUAAAGGCCCGGUUGGAGGAGCGGUUCAAAAGCGGCAAGAACCGGUGGUUCUUUACCAAGUUUAGGUUCUAGAGCAGCAGCCUCAAUUAAUCUAUUCCCGUUUAAUCUUAGUUUUUUUUGCCAACUUCACAGUUUUUUAGGAGAUGUUUAACUUCUAAUUAAAAUUAUUUUUGAGGAUUAAUUAUAAUUUAUGAUCUUGUUUUA